AUGGCCGACAAUUCGACGCUGUCGGAUGCCGGCGACAAUUCUACCAGCAUCAAUAUGCCCGGCACGGGUACGGCACCGCUGUAUGAUGCAUCAGUCUGGCUACCAGCGGGAGGACCAUGGCUCAUCGGAUGGAACAUAUCCUUCUUCCUCACUGGCAUCAUCUCCGUACAGAUGUACGAUUACUUCAAAAACCAUCCCAAGGAUAGACGGCUGCAUCGCUACUCUGUUGCCGCCUGUGCAGUGCUCAUGGCUGUCUUGCUCGGAAUGGACUGGACCUCCCUGCUCAGGCGAUUCAUCUUGCAAGUGCCCGAGGGCAACUUCGAUCUACUCGCUUCUUCCUUAACAGGCACGGUCGGCAGAAUAGCCAUUAUGUUCCAAAGCAUGGCCAACGCACUCGUCCAAGCUCUCUUUGCCGAAAGAGCCCACUCGCUCAUCUUUUCCGUGACGCGCAAGCGGAUCUUUGCUUGGCUUUUGACAAUCACCAUCGCCGUCUCUUUUGCUUUCGGCGUGGCCGUGAGCAUUCUCAAUCUCGCGGUCAGCGACGAAGCUUGGGGACCGCAAGAUACUCUACUGAAUAUCAUCUUCACCGAUAUCUGGCUAUGGGGCGGCGUGCUCGCCAACCUGCUCAUCACUGGCACACUAAGCUGGACGCUCUACGAGUCGACCCGAUCGGCAGGCAACUUCAGGCAAACCGAAGGCCUAGUCACUACUAUCAUGAAGAUGGCAUGGAGUACAUGUGCAUUGACAUCGUUGUCUGCCUUUGCAGGCGCUCUCGCCCUCAGCGUCGUGCCUGCAUCGUCAUACAACAACACCUUUGCAUUCUUCAUGCUCAUCACGCCUCGCUUCUAUGUCAUCAGCUAUCUCUUCCACCUCAACUCCCGGGAGCGGCUACGACAGAGACUAGCGGCCGUUCGAACAUUCGACGCACCUUCGCGCAUGGGCCACUUUGCAGCCAAUCAGGCCUUCGCACCCUCUCGCAUAGCCGGCAUAAGACGCGGAUCCGACGAAUCCGCCAUCUUCGUUAUCAAAGAAGAGAAAGAGUCGGCCGAUGCAGGCACGCCCAGACUAGAGACGGGCGAGUGCACGUUCAGCGAAACAAGAAGUAUCGGAGCGCCAGAACUACGGCGGCCAAUCGUGACACACAAAAAUGACCACCAAGUUAUAUUGAUCCAGACACAGACAAAAGUGUUUACAGAAGAAGCCUGA